GUUUUUAAAGCGACACCUCUGUCUGAGUAUCAUCCAAAACCAAAACCUUGUGAAUUCGUACCAGCUGCAUCACAAAGAUACUCUGAGACCGAGUUAGGACAAUGUAUGAAAAUGUUCCAACAGUCUCCACAGUGGAGCGCCAGCAGAUAUUGCAGGCUUUGGAGCGGCUGCAGGCCAAGAUGGCCCAGAGGGAGGAGUGGACCCACAGUGAGAGGCUGGGGGUGCUGAGGGAUGCUCUACAGAGCCCACUGCUAGGACACAUCCUCACGCUGCAGCAUUCAAUCAAACAACUCAAAGACCAGCUGAACUGCAUGCCUCCAGACACCUGCAGUGAUUUCAGCUUCUCUAGGAAGGGCCAGCUGAUUGUCAGUGCCAGCCGCCCAGCCAGCACGUCCGGCCCCGGCUCUGUGUUGUCCAACGGCUCGGCCCUUGCCUCCCCCGACCAGCUCCAGGGAUGGUUCUGCACCUCCGCUAAGGGGAGGCAGACAGAGCACAUCAGCCUGCCCAAGCCCUUGUCUGGGGGCCUGGGCUUCAGUGUGGUGGGCCUAAGGGCUGAAGGGACAGGGGGCCACGGGGUCUUCAUCAGACAGGUCCAGCCUAGGAGCAUCGCAUACUGGGAUGGGCGCAUACAGGAGAAUGACCAGAUCCUGGUGAUCAACGGGACGCCCCUGGACCAGAGUGUCACCCAGCAUCAGGCCAUCGCUCUCCUGCAGCAGCCUGGGGACAGGGUGGAUCUAGUGGUGGCCAGGGACCCUGCCACCAUCACACAGCAUACAAACACCCCCCCGCCCCCACUCCCGCCUGGGCCCAGUCACAAGGAGCAGUGGGGCCACAUGGAGGAGAUGGAGCUGCUGAACGACGGCUCGGGCCUGGGCUUUGGGAUUGUUGGAGGCAAGGCUACUGGGGUGGUGGUGAGGACUCUGGUUCCAAACAGUGUGGCUGACAAGGAUGGGCGCCUGCGUACAGGUGACCACAUCCUGCGUAUUGGUGAGACCCCCACAGGUGGCCUGACCAGCGACCAGGUGGUCAAGGUGCUGCAGGGCUGCGGGAGCCACGUGCGCAUGCUCAUCGCCCGUGACCCCUCGGGACAGCACUCCACCUCCCCGCCACCCCCUCCCCCGCCCGCCACCAGCCCCGUCUCUGCCUUACCCGCUGGAGUCGAACCCCAGAGCAGGGUCAGCAGGACGCCCAACCUGGAGGGUUAUGAGAUCCAUGAAGUGCCUCUGAGGAAGAAGGAGGGCCAGAGCCUGGGGAUCACCAUCAUCGAAUACAACUCCUUAACCUGCGAAGACGCGGUCGGCGUGUUUGUGAAGAACGUGGUUCCUGGGAGUGCCGCUGAGCAGAGCGGAAACAUCCGGAUCUAUGACAGGAUCAUAGAGGUGAGACCAUUAAUCAGCUUUUAA